CACAGCUCCACUUCCUGAUACACCUGUUUGUCAGGUAGGACAAUCAGCCCGCAGUCUGCUGGCGCAACGGAGGAACUGAGUCAUGGCGAGAUAGACUAUGGACGGAAUUUUACAGAAGCUUUGACGUGACUUUGCCUUUUUUUUUCUCUCCCCCCCGUCGUCAUGCGAGUAAACCCGUUUUCACACGUUAAAAUGCGUCGACCGAGCCAAAGGAAUACGGCUCUGAACGUCGUGCUGCUGCUGUAUUUGAUCAGCUUUCUCGCCCCUUCUCCAGUCUCCUCCAUCAAAGUGAGUACUCCAGCAGAGCUCCAUGCAUCUAAGGGGGAGGCUGUCACAUUGUCCUGCACUUUCACUUCCACCAGUAGGCCCACCAGUAAGAUGACUGUGGACUGGUCUUAUAGGCCCCAGAGUGGAGGGCCACCACAGACAUUUUUCCACUUCUCCUCACGGGCGUUCCCUCCGCGUGACGGUCAGUUUACCGGUCGUAUCCUGUGGCAGGGAAGCCCAGCACGCGGGGACGCCUCCAUCUCUCUGAUCAACGCUACUCUGAAUGAUAAUGGGACCUACAUCUGCUCUGUCAGAAACCCUCCAGAUGUCCACGGGUCCCCAACUUCACACACUGUACUCACUGUCACACCGAAGGCGCCCAGCAUUCGCUUCUCUGAUGUUGCGGUCCUCCUUGCUUUCAUCCUCAUCCCCUCUGCUGUCAUCACCCUCAUUCUGAUUGGAUGGAUGCUCUGUCCCAAGAAAAAACACAGCCAAUCAAAGGCCUACAGAUCGCCCAUAGAGGUCACAGAAGGCGAGGAGUACGGCAUCCACCCACCAGGAGACAAAGUAAAGACGGCCACAUGCUGUGACCUAUGUCUGAUGGACUCAGAAGAUGAAGAGGGGUAUUACAACAUAGAAAAGAGGCCUCCUGUGGAUGAAGGCUAUGCUGAGUCUCAGUGCUAGAGAACCCUGCUGGUUAGGAGAUGUUACUGCAACAUCUAGACCCACGGGUGCCUCCCACACAGUAAACAAUGCUGGACUCCUGUCUUCUUUGCCACAGUCACUGGUGAUGUUUACGUUUUGUGUGAAAAUCCUCAUAUUUUUGACUUGAGACAUCUGAAUUAUGCAUCUCCAGCCUAAUAUUUACACCAUGAACUAAGUCAUUAAUUUGAUUUUCACUUUGUCUACAAGCUCCUAAAUUUCUCAAGGCUUCUCAAGAGGAGAUCCAGUGUUGUAAUACCAGGCUUAAAUUGAGAGCUUGUAGUCUUGAUAAGAUAUGAUUUGUUUAUUCUGUCUGUACAGGUAAGCAGCUGGUAUCGUUCAUACCAACUGACGAGCACUAUGUAUAUUUUUAUACCUUGAUGAUUUAUACGUGUUACUUUCUUGUUCUGAAGGAGAUAGAUAAGAUUUGUCUAAUUUAUUACUUGUAUCAUAGUGGCUUUAUGAAAUGUAUCAAUGUCUGCGUUGAGGUUUAGCAGAACAUUUCUGUUUUAUACUUCACAGUUGGACAGAAAAUAAAGGGAUUGAUUUCAGAUGUCACCUGUGAUCACCUGAUAUAUAUUUAUACAGUAUAUUUUCUAGAUUUGAAUCAUCUGUACAUUACUUUAACAGGUCUUGAUUUCAACACUGCUAGUAAAUGUUUGUUGUCAUACUCUUCAGCUUCUUCUGGGGACGUGUGAGUUUGAAUGUGGUCCUCCAUGUAUAUAAUUCUCUUAUGUGAUAUAAUAAGAUUGACUCUUGGUUCUGGUUGCACAGCUUUGCUUUUUUAAUUUAACUUUUUUGCAACAUUAUUGCCUAACUAAGUAGUACAAGAGCAGAUUCUUUCGGCUCUGUGAAGGGAUGAACAUGACAUCUGAAAGAGAGGCUACCAGCAUGUUCAUACAAAUAAUUUUGUUCAUUAAACUGAUGAAUCUUUGAUGGAAAAAA